CGAUUCACGUCAAGUAGUCGAAUAGCAAAGUAUUUCUUUCUUGUUUUCGAAUUUAUAUCGUCCUGUUCGUAUUUGUAUGUAAAAUAGUGAAACGUGCGUUAAGAAUUUUCUUCGCCUUAUCUGCCCGCGUAAAUUUUCGUUUGAAUUUUCUUCUUCUAUUCUUCUUUAUGAUAUGGGAGAUUAAAGGAAUCCCAACGAAAUUCCAACGAAAAAGUGCAAUAUGUUUGGUGCUAUAUCUGUUUUGGCGAGGUAUCGUUCUCAAUAACAUAUCGAACUGGCGAAUAUAGAGAGGUCAUCGCGAGAUGCGAGAAGAAAGGAACUUAUUUCUAUGAGGAAAGAAGAAUGACGGUGUGACAUGACUGACAAGUGAUUCGCUUGCGGUGCCGGGAGGAAUGCACCUUGCCGUCCUUGCACCUUUUGAUACGUGAUCGCGCAUUUCGUUUUCGUCAACGUUACGUGCAUCGUCGUCGAGACUGGACAAUCCGGGCUGGACUUUCUCUCGUCCAUCGAGAUGCAGACUCGUUACAGAUGAGAUUGGAUUCCCGUGAAGAAUUGAUUCUAACACGCGCAACUGGAUAUAGUUUAAACCUCAUUAUAGGGGAGAGGCUCGAAAUAAUGAAAAUCAUGCCAACAUUACGUGCGUGCGAAUUGAUAUGGCGAGAUGACGCGACACAUCUAAAUCCAUCUGGAAUUUGCGAAACCGGCAGUGUACUUAUCACAUUCGGCGAGUAUUAAGUCUGAUUCCGUCAAAGAUAACGACGAUUUUUCUUUCGAAUUGAAUAUGUAGCGUAUCGCACGUUUCAAAUUCACAAGUGAGUGCGUUAUCGAGUCUUUAAAACGCGUAACAUCGCUCUUCUUAUCCUUCUUCUUGUCUUCUCUUCUUUGUCUCCUUUCUCUUCCUCCUCCUUCCUUUUUAUCUUGCCCUAACGUUUUUCAUAUUUAUUUUUAUAUAUAACAACGCGUUAAGGUGUCAGUGAUUGACGAACCAUGAAUAGCGUCACGUUAAUCGACAAGAUAAAUCAUCGGUCCACAAACAUCAGCCAACACAUUUACAAGACAGAAUUAUCAAACUGCGAACCUCAAAGUGGGAGUUGCAAUGUGUCACGUAGCUGGUAAAGCUGGCUUUUUCCAAUUACGGAAGGAUCGAAAUUCAACGUGUGCCGAAAGAGGCAGAUGUCGAGGAUACCCCGGUGCUCAUCUCACACAUGUUCUACACGUGUGCACACUGGUCAACGAGCCUCGGAUAAUGAGUGGAAGGUCUUCCUUUUCUUCGACCUUUGGAUUUCCAAAGUGGAAAGUCCACUGACGAAUUCACAUUCGGGGAAAUCUGUGGAGCAUGCCUGAAUUAUUUGACGCAAACCAUUUGAACUUGAGAAUUGCAAAAGAGAAGAGACCUGUGAAUAGCCUGUGUCUUGUGUCAUCGUCAUCGCAUGUACGUCUGUACCUGACCGUAGGCAAGGCAAAAGAGACCCCUCUCACAAUCAGUUAGCUACUCUCGUGGGGUACGCACGUUCUCAACGGGAGAAGAGAGGAUCUCUUGCUAUCAUAUAGAGGAGCGAAUGGUCGUGACGCCGGUCCAGUCCUCUGUAAAGCGUUCACGUAAAACGUUCCGGUAGUGGAGAUCCUGGGCAUCGCGUAUCUUCUUUUUGUCACAAAGAGAAGAGAGGAGACGCGGCUUUCAUUCAAUGUAAACGCGUGCGUAGCAUAGUGCGCCCGAAUCUCGGUCGUGACCAGGAGAGUUGAAUGCCCGGAGGCACGUAUCGCGCGCAUCGGCUGCAAUAGUGCUGCAAUAGUGAUUAUUUAUUUUUGCGUGUUAGCGCUCGUCAUUCCCCCGUAAGCGGGGAUCAAUAUUUCGAAUCAUUAAUCGCGAUUGGAAGCACAAUGCGACCGAGAAUGAUAAUUUGGAGCGUCUGGCUUUUCCUGCUUCAAUUGUUUGUUCACAAAAGUCGAACGGAAACGAUAAUAACGAGGCACAAUGACUUCGGUUUGACGCCGAUCGAUCCGGAAAUUGUCGACGUCGUCGACUGGAAAAGUCACGCGUGUCGGCGAACAUGUAAGGACGAUGCACAGAGUCUGGACUGCUAUUAUACUUUCAAGCUGGAGUCUUAUCACACGAUGAGCAAGGCGUGCUAUGAUUGCCCCUUCAACAUCACAGACUGCUUUCGGCCUCAUUGCAUCCCGGCGGAUGGCAUGAAACGGUCUCUCAUGAUCGUAAACAGACAACUGCCAGGCCCACCAAUCGAGGUGUGCCAAGGCGACAGGAUAAUAGUGGAUAUGAUUAAUUUAUUGCACGCGGAGAGCACUACGAUGCACUGGCACGGCCAGCAUCAUCUCACCACUCCGUACAUGGACGGUGUACCCUACGUAUCGCAAUGCCCUAUUCAUCCUGGAGCGACCUUCCGAUACAAUUACAUCGCCACUGAAGCCGGCACGCACUUCUGGCACUCUCAUACAGGAUUUCAGAGAGGAGACGGCGUGUUCGGUCCAUUAAUCGUUCGUGUACCUCCUAAAAUAAACUGGCACAUGGAUCUGUAUGACUACGACGAGCAUACAAUAGUAGUCGCCGAUUGGAUUCAUGAGCUGGGUCUCACCAAGUUCCUGGCGCAUUACCACGCGGAUGGUCAUAAUAAAGCGCCGAAUUUGCUGGUAAACGGCCUCGGCCGUUUCAUCGCUAUUGAGAACGAAAAUAAGACGCUUGCCGAUAUGCCCAUUACAACGUUCGUCGUAAAACCGAAUUUCCGAUACAGAUUCAGGCUCAUUAAUGCAGAGUUCCUGAAUUGCCCUAUAGAAGUUUCCGUCGACAAUCAUACAUUGUACGUAGUCAGUUCAGAUGGGCGUGAUGUUGAACCGGUACAAGCCGAAUCGUUAGUAAGUUAUGCCGGCGAGAGAUUCGACUUUAUAAUUGAGAUGGACCAACCGGUGGACAAUUACUGGAUGAGAUUUCGAGGAUUGAUGGAUUGCGAUGAGAGAUUUUUGAGCGCCUAUCAAGUCGCGAUAUUGCGAUACGACGGCGCAGCCGAGGAGGAACCGGCAGUAACAGUUUCGUAUGAUCGUAUGAGAAAUGACUCCUACGGACUACAAGUGAACGCCCUAAACGAAGGAACUGAAUCGAAUAGCAGUAUCAGUAUGCCGUUGUUGGACGCAAUGGACGACGAUGAUACCUCGAACACCAGAGAACCUGAUUAUCAAUUCUACAUAUCGUAUGAUUUUUACGGGAAAGAUAAUCCGCAUUUUCACCGCAAGAAUUUGUACGGUUUCCAUCAAGUAAAACAACAAGUGUUCACGCCGCAAUUGAAUCACAUAUCAAUGAAGCUACCACCGUUUCCACUUCUACCGGGAAGACACCUUAUUAAGCCGAAUCAGUUCUGCAACUCUAGCACAGUUGAGGGAUGCGAAAAAGAUCAUUGCGCUUGCACUCACGUGCUUCAGGUGAAACUCAACAGCGUAGUGGAACUGGUUCUGAUCGAUGAAGGUGUUCCGUAUGACGCAAAUCAUCCGUUUCACCUACACGGCUAUCAGUUCCGUGUAGUGGCUAUGGAGAAGAUAGGACGCAACGCUACCGUCGCUGAAGUGAGAGAACUAGAUAGACUAGGUUUAAUACGCAGAAAACUCAAACGAGCACCUCUGAAGGACACGGUGACCGUGCCCGACGGUGGUUACACUAUUGUGCGAUUUUAUGCCGACAAUCCAGGAUACUGGCUGUUCCACUGCCACAUCGAGUUUCACGCCGAGAUAGGAAUGGCGUUGAUCUUCAAAGUGGGUGAAGACAGGGACAUGCCACCUGUGCCGAAUGAUUUUCCUAGAUGCGGUGACUGGAAACCGACGGGCGAUGAGAAUGAGGGAAAGACCAGUACAGUUUCGACGAUACCCGAAGAAAAGCUACCAAAGAACAACGAGUUUCUCGCGAACGUGAUAAAAAACUUCUCAGUGUACAUGGCGUUUUUUGAACAGCUUUUGAAAUCCGUGCAGACAUCCUCGGCAUCUAGUUCGAGUGUAACAUUGCUGCUUUUGAUCGCUUGUCUUUCGAUCUCUGUGAUUAACGUGCGAAUAUUUUGAAACGUAUAUCUAUAUGCGAAUAGCCCUGAGUGCUCAAGUCACAUUAUAGAAGAGCUUUACAGUAAAUUUACUUCGAUUCGAUGACGAAUUUGCCGGCAAGUAUUUUCUUCUUUUUCACUUGAAUAAACAUGUGACAACCAUUGCACAUGAUAAGUGUAUGUAUAAAAACGUGAUCCUAAACAAAUUAAAAUGAACGAUCGUGUGCCAAUAGACAGACGUCUUAGUCAUAACUAAUUAUUACAAAGUAUUAAUAUUUAUAGGAAACAUUCGUCCGCAUUUUCAUUAUCGCCGGCGGUCAGAUAAGCGCUUUCACGCGAACUUUAGACGAUAUAAAUUUUUCAAAUAUACUUCGCGCGAUUAUAUGGUGAGCAAGCGGACAUUAUGUUAACAAAUGACUUACAUUUCUGUGAUAUAAAAAUAGAUAAUAAUUAUUCUAUAAUUAUCAGGUUGCCAACUACACUAUCCGACAGCAUAUAUGCAUAGUGCUUUAAUUUAAUUCACUUAUUAAUUUCAAUGACAAAUCAAUUUUAUUCAUACAACAGAAUCGAACCUCGACAAAAAUAGCAUUUGUAGUUUAAAAAAAAAAAAUGCGAAUUGAGUUUCAGAGAGAAGAAAUAGCUAAUGAAAUUAUGAGUUUCAAGUAGAUUUUUCUUACAUUAGAUAGAAUUAAAAAUUCCACUUAUUAAGACUAAGUAUAAUUAAUAUCGCCGUGUUUUCUUGGAAAAGAAAUUAACCAAACUUCUAAUAGACCAAAGAAUCUUAAGCGUUUUUUAAAUCAUCUGAGAUUUUUAUAUUGAUACAUUGCUGUAAUUAUUACGACAUUCGACCGCAUAUUGUAUGUACAUACAUAUAUCAUUUAAGCUAAUCGAUAGGCAAUUUAUAAGUGCGUUAUCAACUGUAUGAUUGUGUUUCUUUACUUUGAAUAUGUGUAUGUGUUUUUCCACGGAAAACGUGUAUCAUUAUUUUUAAAUAUAGAGAACAUCUUUAAAGCUAA